GAACAAAAUGGCGGCCCCCAUGAUGCGACGGUACCGCGCUUGGCUUCGAGCUGGCAAAGUUAGCUUUGCGAAUGACACCGUACUUGGAGAUUGGAAGAGACCGGUAUCCACCAGCGUUCUCUGCUGGAAUUCAAAAGGGAUUACAACGAAAGAGAACCGUGAUAUUUCCUGGGCAGCAGUUGUAGGCUUGGAAAUCCAUGCACAGAUUUCAUCCAACUCGAAGCUUUUUUCUGGUUCUCAAGUCCAGUUUGCAGCUCCACCUAAUUCUCUAGUAUCAUUCUUGGAUGCUUCUCUUCCUGGUACUCUACCGGUUCUCAACAGACGAUGCGUGGAAGCAGCAGUGUCAACAGGCCUUGCACUGAACUGCACCAUAAACAAGAAGUCCUUGUUUGACAGGAAACACUAUUUCUAUGCAGAUCUGCCUGCUGGUUAUCAGAUCACUCAGCACAGGGUUCCCAUUGCGGUGAAUGGCUGCUUACAAUACUUUAUGCCAGCCGAUAAAAACCCGAACGAAAUUGUAAGCAAGACUGUGAGGAUCAAGCAAAUACAGUUGGAACAAGACAGUGGAAAGAGUCUUCAUGAUGAUUUUAGAAGCCAAACACUCAUUGACCUCAACAGAGCAGGGAUCGGCCUCAUGGAGCUUGUCAUGGAACCAGAAAUGUGUUGUGGAGAAGAGGCGGCAGCCGCGGUGAGAGAACUUCAACUCAUCCUGCAGGUUCUCGGGAGCAGCCAGGCAAACAUGGCAGAGGGCCAGUUGAGAGUAGAUGCAAAUGUAUCUGUACAUCAUCCUGGCCAACUUUAUGGAGUAAGGACCGAAGUGAAGAAUAUCAACAGUGCUCGGUUUCUCGCGAAGGCAAUAGACUAUGAAAUUCACAGGCAGAUUGAAGAGCUGGAGAAUGGAGGAACCAUUCUAAAUGAAACUAGAGCCUUUGAUUUUAAACUUGGAUGCACUGUGCCAAUGAGGGACAAAGAAGGAAAACAGGAUUAUCGGUUCAUGCCUGAGCCAAAUCUUCCUCCAUUGAUUCUUUAUGACACUAAAUCCUUGCCCACUCAUAUAAGUGACCAGCAAGUGAUAAAUAUUGAUUGGAUUCGUGAGACACUUCCAGACCUUCCCAGUGUCAAGAGAGAAAAGUUUGUUGAACGUUACGGGAUUCAGAUUCAACACAGCUUUAUCUUACAGAAUGAAGAUGGCUUAAUGGAUUUUUUUGAAAGCGUUGUGAAUGCGACAGAAAUGAAUCCCAAAAAAGUGAUUGGCUGGGUUAUAAAUAAUUUCCUCAGUUACCUAAAAUUAUAUAAUAUUACUGUAAAAGAAAGUCCAGUCACUCCUGUUCUUUUGGCUGAACUGCUGGACCUGGUAUCAAGUAGAAAAAUUUCAACUUCAGCAGCCAAACAGGUGUUGGAAGAGAUGUGGAAGAGGGAGGAGAAGUCUCCAGCUCUGAUUGUAAAAGAAAAGAAACUCGAUCUAAUCCUGGAUUGGAAUGAACUUGAGAGCAUCUGUCAGACUGUGAUGAGAGACCAUCAAAAAGAGGUGGCAGAGAUAAAGAGUGGCAACCUGAAAGUCCUGAAUUCCAUAAUUGGACACGUCCAAAGAACCACAAGAGGACGAUCAGAUCCUGUAACUGUGAAACAAAUUCUAGAGAAGCUGCUGUCAUAGAGGACUAAAAAUUAUGUGUCUGAUCUACUGUGUUUAACAUUCUGAAUAGCAUCAAACCAUUAUGUAAGUUUUAAUGCAGUGCUGAGACCAAUUUAUCAUUUUUAGCCAUUUUUCUGGGAGGGGAACAUGUUAGGUUAUUAUCCUCUUAUGUCCCUAUAAAUUCAGAAUAUAAAGUCCACAAAGAAGGGAAAAGACUGCAGUGUGCCUAAGUUUUCUGUUUAAAAACCUGCUUUUAUAAUAUUGUGGCAUAUAGCAAAAAUUAUACUUUUUUGAUAAUAUUAACUAUAUCCUUUUAAUGUAGCUUCUUAUAAAUGAAUAAUUUCUAGUCUGUCUUCAAAGAAUUCAACAGAAUUAGCAGAUGAAGCAGGUAGAUUCAUUUUUUUAACUAGCAUAAUGAAUCUUCUCGCUCCAGACAUUGUUAUUUCUUACAGACUCAAUUCUGCAAUUCUUUACUGACUUAAGCCUUGUGGCAUGUCUCUUAAACAUUUUCACGCUAUUCCAAAAUUUUAAGUUUUUAAAGUUUAUUUAUUUUUAUUUUUUUACCUCACGUUUAUUAUUUUUGUAAAUAACUCAAGACUCUGAACCUACCUAAUAUUCCUUCCUAUGUUCCCCACAACAUUUCAAAGUCAAAAAUAAACUGAAUGUAUGUUAACGGAAAAUCUUCUCAAUUUUCCCUACAAGGGAUCAUCUUCUGAAUCUUUGUGUUGCCAUCUGGUGGUCAGCCAGAAGAGGAUUUUUUUAGGACUCUUAAGACAAUAGGCUCAGACCAACUGAAAUAGCAAAAAAAUAAUAUUUUAUUGAAUAAUAAGAGCACAAUAAAGAAAGAAAGGUAUACCAAUUUGUAUCUCGUCAGCUUACCAAA